UGGCCUUUUCAAUUUCAGGCUUUCGUCCUGAUUUCCCCUCGUGCUUUUCAUCGGAACACCAGGAAGUAAAAAGUAGCCAUGAAGUUGAACGUCUCGAACCCGGCGACUGGUUCUCAGAAGCUCUUCGAAAUCGACGAUGAACGCAAGUUGAACGUCUCGAACCCGGCGACGGGUUCUCAGAAGCUCUUCGAAAUCGACGAUGAACGCAAGGUCCGCUGCUUUUACGAAAAGCGAAUGGCUCAAGAAGUAGAAGCCGACUCUAUUGGCGAUGAGUGGAAGGGCUACGUGUUCCGCAUCACCGGCGGCAAUGACAAACAAGGCUUCCCCAUGAAGCAAGGCGUGUUGACCAACCAGCGAGUUCGUCUUCUGAUGAAGAAGGGCCAUUCCUGCUACCGGCCGCGUCGCAAUGGUGAACGGAAACGGAAAUCCGUCCGCGGAUGCAUCGUUGACGCCAAUAUGUCCGUGUUGAGUUUGGCAAUCAUCAAGAAAGGCGAACAGGAAAUUGCUGGAUUGACUGACGUGAAUGUGCCUCGUCGCCUUGGUCCCAAAAGAGCGAGCAAGAUCCGCAAACUGUUCAACUUGACGAAAAAGGACGACGUUCGUCAAUACGUGAUCAAGCGUCCGUUGCCAGUGAAAGAUGGCAAGAAGCCUAGUUUCAAGUCUCCGAAGAUCCAGCGUCUCGUUACUCCUCUCGUCCUCCAGCACAAGAGGCAGAGGAAGGCCGAGAAGAAGAAGCGAGAGGUGCGAAGGAAAGACCAGGCUGCGGAAUACGCCAAGGUUCUCGCUGUUCGUCAGAAGGAAGCUGCCGAAAAGAAGAAGUUGGAGAAGAGUAGGCGUCGGUCUGCCUCCACUAGGGAGUCCAAAACCUCUGUUUCCUCCAAGUGAACUCGAGAGUGUGGAAGAAAUGCAACUUGAGAGACAUUUUUCCGGA